CCCAAUUAGGGAUUUCGGAACCACGGGUUCGCCCGCGUCUGAGGAAAGGAGGAGCAAGCUGCCCUCUGACUAUAUCCAACCAAGAUGGGGGCUCUACUCCAUUUGGUGCUCUGCUGGAUCUGGAGGAUAAAGAGAUUGUUGCUACUCUGGAUGGUCCUAUUUAUGAGGAUCAUCACAUGCCACUGAAUCGGAUGGAGAUUAGUCGACCGAGGAUCACCACUCUUUUGAAAUCAAGCGAAGGUCAAGAGUUGGCGCCUCCGUGAAGACUUGCCAAGUCAUGACAGGGUGUGUUCACGAAGUGGUGGAGGCGUUUGAAGCUGGACUGGUCAUUGCACGAGAGGAGGGUGUUUCUCGCAAGGGGUUAAGCUCGAGCAUGAAUGAGUAUGGGUCUAAUCUGAUGGACCCAAUCAUGGAGAAUCGAAAGCGGGUGCUUGAUGAGUUGGAUGGGGAUGUGGGUGACCCUCCUACCCCGAAGAAGCAAUUUGUGAAAUCAACUGAUGUUUUGGAUAAGGUGGAGGAAGCCAGCCUCGAGUGGCCCCCAACCGAUAAAUGAGGCUUCUUGCCUGGAAUGUGAGAGAAAUUGGGCCAUCCCUCACUUUCCAAACUGCUAUAGGGCUAGUUAAAUCGAAUAAACCGGAUCUCGUGUU